AUGGGAUCCAACACGAACCUCCCCCCAAAACCCUGGAUCGAAACCCCUCUCAUCCGCUCAACUGCCCUCUCCCGAGAAGCAGGAUGCAACAUCUUCCUUAAACUUGAAAACCUACAACCAUCAGGCUCCUUCAAAUCCCGCGCUGUCGGUAACCUAAUGAGCAAAGCCAUAGCCCGCCAUGGCCCCUCACACCCCAUCCACUUCUACUGUUCAUCCGGCGGCAACGCCGGACUCGCAUGCGCAACAGCAGCCAUCUCGCUGCAGCGCCCAGCCACGAUCGUCGUGCCGCUCAGCACCUCUCCGCUAAUGAUCUCGAAGCUGCGAACGCUAGGUGCGGAUGUGAAGCAAGUGGGCAACCACUGGAGCGAAGCGGAUACGUAUAUGAGAGAAGAGUUGAUUGGUGGGGAUAAGGAUGGGGUUUACGUGCCGCCGUUUGAUCAUGUGGAUGUUUGGGAGGGGAAUGGGACGUUGGUUGAUGAGGUUGAGAGGCAGAUGUGUGGGUACGGCGGUUAUGAUGCUAUUGUUGCGAGUGUGGGCGGGGGCGGGCUUUUUGCUGGUAUUAUGGCUGGGUUGUCGAAACAUGGACGCUUGGAAGGGGGAGGGUUGAAGGGCGUCAAGGUUAUGGCUGUUGAGACGGAGGGGGCGCAUAGUCUAGCGUUGAGUUUAGAGAAGGGGGAGUUGAGUCGCCUGGGUGCUAUUACGAGUAUUGCGACGAGUUUGGGGGCGACGCAGGUCGCAAACCAGGCUUUUGAGUGGGCAAAGAGGAAAGAGGUCACGAGUUGCAUAUUUAGUGAUGCGGAGGCAGCCAUGGGUGCUGUUUACUUUGCGGAUGAUGAGCGGAUUGUGGUUGAGGCUGCUUGCGGUGUAAGUCUUGCUUCUGCUUACAACGAUACGCUGCGUACUGUCCUCUUCCCGGACGUCAGCGACGAGGAGUUCUCGAAGCUAAAUGUUGUUAUUGUGGUCUGUGGUGGCUCGAAUAUUACUCUAGAUAUGCUGGAGAAGUAUAAGCAGGAGUAUGCCAAGGAUGAAAGAGUGGUACAGAAGUUCCAUUCCAGAAGGCUGGCUUCGGAGACCUUGUAG